AUGGCAGCGACAAAUAUGCACAACCUCACAACAUUGAUCAAGCGGCUGGAGGCUGCAACAUCGCGCCUUGAGGACAUUGCCUCAUCGACUACCGAACUCCCCCAGGGCGUUCCCGCCCUACAACAAGGAGCUGCUUCCCCCUCCACCGGCGUCAGCCCAGGCACGGGUCCGACUGAAACUUCGACGCCGACGCCAGCCGCCGCUCCGCCAGCUGCUCCCCAGGAGCAGGUCCCAGAGGUCAUUGAGGAUUUUGACGCUUUCAUUGACUCCUCUGUCGGCAAAUAUGUGCAAGCGAGUAAUAAGUUGGGUGGCAUCAUCGCCGAACAGGCUGCCUUGGUGCUGGAGGGCUUCAAGCGGGAACGCCGCUUCCUUCUCAUUUCCACAAAGGCAAAGAAGCCGAAUCUAUCUGGCUCUGAGAUGAGUGUCUAUCAAGAGCUUUUGAAGCCCAUCAAUGAAGCUCUCAUGGAGGUCACCAGCAUCAAAGAGGCAAACCGCGGAAGUCCCGCCUAUACACAGUUGAGUGCCGUUGCUGAAGGUAUCAUGGUUCUUGCUUGGGUCACAGUCGAUAUGCGACCAUACAAGCAUGUCGAAGAGUCUUUGGGAUCGGCGCAGUUCUUUGGAAACCGUGUCUUGAAGGAAUACAAAGACAAGGACGCCGAUCAGGUUGCUUGGAUCCAGUCCUUCUACGCCGUAUUCCGGGAUUUGACCGAGUUCGUCAAGAACAACUUCCCGAAUGGUGUCCCCUUCAACCCGCAGGGACAACCCGCUGCCGAAGUCGCGAAGAGUAUCCCAGUCUCAGGGUCCGCUCCUACAUCCUCAGGAGCUCCGCCGCCACCUCCUCCUGCUGGAGGUCUGCCUCCACCGCCUCCGCCUCCGGGUCCUCCCCCAGUCCUACAGAUUAAGGAAGAGGGAGCCCCGUCUUCAGCUCCCAGUGGCCUUGGAGCCGUGUUUAGCGAGCUCAACAAGGGUUCUGACGUUACAAAAGGCUUGCGUAAGGUAGACAAGUCAGAGAUGACGCACAAGAAUCCAUCCCUGCGGGCGUCAUCGCAAGUCACUGGUGACUCGCGCGCCAAGAGCCCUGCGCCAGUCAGGAAGCCCAAGCCGGAAAGUAUGCGGGUUAAGAAGCCUCCGCGACAGGAGCUGGAUGGCAACAAGUGGUUAAUUGAAAACUUUGACCGACACGCCGAACCCAUUGAGAUCGAGGCCACCAUGUCACAGUCAAUUCUGAUUUCAAAGUGUGCUCAUACCACCAUUAUCGUAAAGGGCAAGGCCAAUGCCGUCACGAUCGAGAACACCCAGCGCCUCUCCUUGGUUGUGGACUCGCUGGUGUCUACCGUGGAUGUCGUCAAAUCCUCCAACUUUGCGCUCCAGGUCAUGGGCUCGCUGCCAACUAUCCUGCUGGACCAGCUUGACGGUGCUCAGGUCUACCUCAGCAAGGAGAGCACGGCCACCCGCAUUUUCAGCUCAAAGAGCGCCGGUAUCAACAUGAACGUGAUUGGUGACGAUGACGAUUAUAAGGAGGUGCCUUUGCCGAGCCAAAUUUGCAGUUACUACGACGAUGCCAAGGGCGAGUUGGUCAAUGAAAUCGUGGAUUUAGCUGGAUAA